GCUGCAGAGACUUGACCAACGCGUUUAUGAGCGGAGACGCAGCGUAGCGCAGAGUAACUUCAGCUGGUGACAGGUUCUCUGUGUCAGGAGGCAGAAGAACAAGAAGAAGAAGAAGAAGAAGAAGAACAAGAAGAAAGUGAUUGUCACCAUGCAGAGACUCGGACUUUUCACCUUUGUAACCUGCUGCGCGGUCGCAGCGCUGGUUUCGGCUGCAAAUGUGCAAAAGGACUCCAAACCUCCUGGGACGGUUUCCCCGGCACAAGAGUUUACCCCAACUGCACCCUCCACCACCAUCAAAAGCACAACCCCGGCCCCUCACAACACGACCACCCCGGCCCCUCACAACACGACCACCCCGGCCCCUCACAACACGACCACCACCGGCCCCUCAAACGCGACCACCACCGUGGCCCCUCACAACGCGACCACCGUGGCCCCUCACAACACGACCACCACCGUGGCCCCUCACAACACGACCACCGUGACGCCACCUCCUCCCGGUCCUACUCCCCCCACCAACCUGACUACGGGAAAAUACUUUGUGAAUGAAACUGGGAAGGUGUGCGUGAUGGCUGAGAUGGCGUUGCAGAUACGACUGAAGAACGGAAAGGAAAACGGGACCUUCAUUAUUCAGCCGAGCAAGACCCGAGCGAGUGGAAGCUGCCAGGGAACCAGUGCCGUCCUCACUCUUUCCUUCACCGAAGGCGCGAUCACCUUCUCAUUUAACAAGAACGUCACAGACAACUCCGUCUAUGUCGACACGCUGGCUUUCAACCUCUCCUACUCCUUCACCAAAGGAAGUAACCAACAGUACAGCGCCAGCAACAAGUCGCUGCAUCUGUUCACCACCAAGGUUGGACACUCCUACUCCUGCAAGGCGGAGUCGCUGUACAUGGGGAAAGGGCUGUACCUGGACGUCAGCAAAGAUAGGAUGCAGGCUUUCAACGUGACCAAGAGCGCCGAGUUUGGUCCUCCCGACUACUGUCCAGCCGACCAGGAUAAUUACCGUGUGGCCAUUGCCGUGGGCAUAACGCUGCUGGUGCUCAUCAUCGUGGUGAUUGUCGCUUACCUGCUCGGCCGUAAGAAGAGGAACGACGGCUACCAGAGCCUGUGAGGAGUCGGCCACAAGUCAUCCAGCCAGUGAGGCGUGGGCUAAAGGGCACCUCCACUAAACCUACCUUCUCCUGUCUUUUUAUUUCUUUUUUUUUUUUUUUUGGUUUACUAGAUUUUUACUGUUAUCUUUUUUUUUCUUUUAUCCAGAGGUAUCUGCACAAGGUUUUAAAGUUUAAAUUACAACUUUUACAUCACAAACUAUUUAUUCCUCUUAAGAAAUCUAAAAAUCGCAACUCUUAUUUAGUAUCUUCUAGACAGACUGAAUUUAAUACCAAAACUGAAAAAUACCGAAACUGAAAAAAAAGGGAAAUAAUAUAAACGUUACAGCAGGAAUAUGUAAGAAAAACGAAUUUAAUGCAGGCAUGAAGUUAUUUCCAUGCCUUUGGUACAAAUACACAGAAGUUGUAACACCCUCGUAUUCCUCAUCGAUGUGGAAAAGCAUUUCUCUAUCCGGACACUAAAUCUGAACCAAACUGACAUCUGAAGAGAGAAAUACUGACGAGAAUUGGUUUGAUUGUUUUAGUUUUGUGGUGUCAUUUUUGAGGAACAACAUCAUAGUCUUUCGCCCUUUUUCAAAUUUUUACGAGGUGGUCUGUGUUAUUAAUAGUCAGCCGUGUAUAUUCAGAUUUUUUUUCAUUAUUCUAUAAUUUUUUUUUUUUUUUUAAAAAGGGAAUUUAUCUGAUCUAUAUGCAGGUAUUUGAAUUAUUAAUCAGAACAAAAAGGGAAAAUCAGACAAAUGUGUAUAAGGGAUCAUUAUUUGCACUGAUUUCUGAUUUUUUAAACCGUAGGUUUUCAACGGGGGCACUGCAGUAGGGUCGCAAAAUUUUUUGUUGAUUAGGCAUUUUUUUUAAUAUAUAUAUAUAUAUAUAUAUUUUUUUUUAAAAAAGUCUCCCCCAACAAAUUAAAAAUUCUUUAAAUAAACAUGAAUCCAACAUUUUUUAGUAAAAGGAUAAGGGAAAGCUUAAUAUUCAAUGCAAAAUGAUAAUAAUAAUAAUGUGUAUUUAUAAAUAGCAUUAGACUGAGUUUCAUAUAGGACACAUGGUCUGGACCCCUGGUUUAAACUAGAUGCCUUUUGUCCACAUUUUUGCAGAACAUUUGCUCUUUUUCGAGUUUCUUUAAAGGUUUCAUGCUGAGCUGAGAGCAGCUGUCUCUGGACCAAAGUUAAGACGCCACCGUUUAUUUUCCGCAAGAAUCAGUUGUUUAAUCAUGCGCAACUGUCAGUGUCGGAUAAAAGAUUUCCUUCACGUGGCAGGAUCCUAAUCAGCUGAUGCUCACGUCCGCGUCAGUGUACGAGUUUCUAAGUUACCAGUUACUAAUUACGACCGCUGCUAAGUGGAACUAGUCUGCAGGAAGUAGCUUUUGUCCGCGACGUUAACGCUGGAUGCACUCGCCCGCAAAUUAACACGAAGCGUUUAUGUCACAGGGUCAGUUAAUUGCAAACCUACGUGAUUCCCGUGUUCCCCUUCCCCUCUUCUCGCAGCCGUGCAGGUGGCACUUUCUUUUCUGUUUGUGCUCAGGUAACUUCUGCUUCUCCUUUUUUUUUUUUUCUUUUUUACCACAAUAAAGUUUCCCCCGUUCCUCUUAUGUCAUCUGAUCACGUUAUUUUCAGAAGAAACUUUUUAAACGUGCCUGAUAUUUAAGGGCUAAACUAUAUUGCUGUACGGAGGCGGAAGCAGAAAUCUGACUCCCUCGUCAGAGGAGAAAAUGAUCAUUGUUGUUAUUUGUGGGAACUGACCCUUGUUGCAUGUUAAAUAGGGAUGUACGUUAGCUUUAAUAUUACUCUGUGUGCUUGUGGGCGGAGUCAGCGCCACGCUGUUAUACCAGGGGUGUCAAACUCAUUUUUAGUUUACAGCCUUGGAUCCUUAAAAUAAGUGCGAUUCAUGCCACCUGUGGUUUACUUCCGGGUUUCAUUUUAUGUCCUCGACUCUUCUGAAACACAGGCUGACCCCUAGUGGACACAGUAGGAACAGCACUUUUAUUGAGGCCGGGUUUUGGCCCCCGGGCUUCAUGUUUGACACCCCUGGAUUUAGACUCCGAGAUGAUGAAGGAGCAGGCCAUGCAUGCUGCUCGUGACUGCACUUCACACUGUCCUCCAUCGGGUGGCGCUGCUGAGUAUGGAAGUCAGCGGAGGAGGAGGAGGAGGAGGAGGAGGAGGAGCUAAAAUGUACAAUUAACCGUGUGAGCCCUUUUGCCUGUUGUUAACGUUUCGUCCCAAUAAAGAUGAUUGUGUUUCUA